CGUUGUACUGCCUCGAGAAGCCAGCAGGUAAAAUACACAUAUAGUGAGCAGGAUAGACAAACCGCAAUAUCUCCGCCCCAAAGUGACAUCCAAUAAUGCGCUUACUACUUCUAUGCAUGGCCGCAGUGAUCCUUUGCCUCGUUGGAGUAAUCCAAGCCGCACCUACUACCAAUGCAACUACUACCAGCGAGUAUUCUGAAGCAUUGUCAUUCACGAAUAGAACCCUGUGGAACAUCAUCUCGAGCUCCAUUCUCACUCUUUUCGCAUGUAUAUACAGUGCCGUCCACCCAAAUAUUCCGAGUCCCAAGGACAGCCUAUUUCGUAUCCUAUGGCGGCGACUUGGCAUCAUGAUAAUGGCACUAAUCGCUCCUGAACUGAUCGUCACAUGGGCAAUGCGCCAGUGGAUCAGCGCUCGUCAUGUUACGAAACGGUUCAAGAAGUCAGGGUAUUUCAAUGUUCCUCGGCUGCAGACGCAAUCUGAAAAUCAUGAGUUGGCUGGAGUGCUUGCAGGGCCAGUUGGAGAUGAUAAUAGAGCCCAGCCUCUCGUAGCGCCUGCUGAAGUGUCCACUUCAAGAUAUGGGGGAACUCGUGUUCUUGCGAAGCCAUUCAAAAAGUUGUUUGAGGCUUGCAUUUCAGAUCAAUCCGAAGAUUACGCGUGGACUCAGACACACAGCUUCUUUGUGCUGAUGGGCGGUUUCAUGCUCUAUGUGGACGGGGAACCCUACCGUACACUGCUGCCUGACGACGUUCUCAAGCUGAUACCAAAAGGGUGUAUUGAUGCCCCUACCCUAACGGCAAAGCGGAUUCGCGACAAGAGCAAAGGCAAUGUGAUAUCGAAAGGAUUGAUGAUCCUUCAGGUGGUCUGGUUCAUCCUGCAGCUCAUCACCCGUGCCAUCUAUCACCUCGAAACCACCCAGCUGGAAACAGGGACACUCGCUUUUGCGGUUCUUAAUUUCCUGACCUAUGCUGUGUGGUGGAAUAAGCCUCUCGAUGUGCAGUGUCCACAUCCGGUGUACUGGAAGUCGACCGAGUCAAAGCCAGAGGAUCACAUUGAUGCUGUCUCUGAAGAUGACUCGGAUGAAGAUGAACGCACUAUGUACAAGAUCAUUGGUGCGGCCAUCGUUCCAUUUGUGGAACUGAUGGGCUUCGGUUUUCCCCCGCGCAAGCUCCGAGUUCCUACAUUUGAUGGCAGCAUCGAACUAGAAAAAUCGGACAAGCGAUUUCUUAUAUUUGCGGGAAUUCUGAUGGCGACCACAUUUGGCGGCAUCCAUUGUAUGGCUUGGUUCUUUACCUUUCCUACAAAUCAUGAACAGGUCCUGUGGCGCAUGAGUGCCGUCGCUAUAACUUGCACACCCUGCCUUGAAAUUCUUUGGUAUGAAAUGAAUGUGAAUGGUGCCAUACUAGUUAAUUACACAAUGACUAUAAUGCCUGCUAUUGUUAUAAUGUUUUUGUGUGUUGUUGCAUUGAUUAUAUUUGCCCUGUUGUACAUUACAUCUCGUGCUAUGCUCUUGGUACUUAUGGUCACGACAUUACGCAAUCUUCCUGUUGACGCAUACACGACGGCUUUUGUGCCGCACUUGUAGUUUGCUUACUGGGUGACUAUCUGUAGGCUGAAAUAUUGCGAAAUAUAAUUAAAAAAAG